UCGCCGACAGAGACUCUGAUCACUGACUAUCCCUUUAAAUGCAGUCUCAUGACUUAGUCUUUGCUCCACUACCUAUUAAAGAAGGAGACAAGACCUUCAUAGGCAGCUUCCAUUCAGGCAUCAAGAAGGACACAGAAAAGCAAGACAAUUUAACAGAGCUAACUGUAUUAGCUGGUGGAGACUGUUCCCAGCUCAUCUUCAUGUUGCCCAUUUUAUUCUCCGCAUUUAUGCUGUCUGCUUGCUGCUUAACCAAAGGGAGCUGCAUCUCCUAUGAUGAGCUGAAAGAGCUGAAGACUGAAUUUGCCAUCAGUCUCUACCGGCACAUGUCUGAAGCAGAGAACAGGACCAACCUGGUAGUCUCUCCAGCAAGUGUUGCUGUUUCUUUGGAGCUGCUGCAGUUUGGAGCUCAGGGAAACACAUUAGCAGAGCUGCAAGAUGCCCUAGGAUACAGCAUUCAUGACCAAAGCAUGCAGGAUUUCCUGUACACGACGGAUGAAGCAGUGACUGACUCCAGCCAAGGCACAGUGGUCCAGCUGGGAUGUUCCCUCUUUUUGGAUGCGAGUGUGCAGCUCUCGCCCGACUUCGCUGAGCGUGCCUCGCACUGGGCCAACAGCAGCCUGCUGCAAACCAACCUCAGUGACCCCAACACCAGCCACGCACAGGAAUGGAUCACCACUGACUUUGCAGGUGGGGAUGUGCGUGGAAUGACAUUGGAGAGCACCGGGUCAUCGCUCAGCCAGGUCACCCUGGUGAGCACCCUGUACUUCAGAAGCAUGUGGCAAAAAAAGUUUUCCUUUAUGGAUUCCCAGAUGUUGCCUUUUACCACGCCAGAGGGCUCAACCCUGAAAGUGCCCACCAUGCACCACACAGCUGAAGUUAACUACGGCCAGUUCCAGACUGCAGCUCUCGAGGCUUUCAGCGUGGUUGAGUUACCCUACCUGGGAGAGAAACUCAGCAUGUUCCUAGUUCUUCCCAGCCACAAAAGAAUACCUUUGUCCCAGAUUGAGUCUCACCUUUCUGCCAAAACCAUAACCCUCUGGGCCAACAGCUUGAAGAGAACAAAGAUGGACAUUUUUCUGCCUAGGUUCAGUAUUCAAAGCCUUUUUGACCUAAAGACAGUUCUUUCUGCCUUGGGAAUUAGAGAUGCAUUCAACCCCAUCACUGCUAAUUUUAAAGGCAUUUCAGAGCAAGAUAGUCUUUAUAUUUCAGAAGCUAUUCACAAAGCAGAAAUUGAAGUAACAGAAGAUGGUACAAAAGCAUCAGGUGCUACAGCAAUGGUCUUACUAAAAAGAUCUCGAACACCUAUUUUCAAAGCAGAUCGACCUUUCACAUUUUUCCUGAGACAAGCUAAUACAGGUAUGCAUGCUCUGCCUUUCAGGAGCAGAAUCCCUCACAAGUAGCACUGGAACCAAUACAAAUAGAACACCAUUCUUCACUCCAGGAAACUUCAAAUAACCAUGGAAACAGUGGGGUUUGUGGUUUUAAAGUAUAGAUUUUAAUUUCCUAAAAAAUAAUGUAUAAUAGUCAUAGAAGUCUAGGAAACCAGAUUAGCCUCUUCUUUGGACAUGCAGUAUGUGCUCAAAAAAUUUCUACCAAAACUAUAGGCACUAGAGAGAUCUUACAGAUGCUGAAUGCUUCAGCAUCAGGAACUGAGCUCUCCAGGGCAAUUCAAAUUACAAACAGGCUAGACCAGCUGGAUUAACAUCUGAAGUACUUAAAAUAGAAGCCUUUCCCUUUAAAGGAAACUUAUCUAUGCCUAUACUGAUAGCAAACAGACUUCCGACAAAAAAAUGUUUCUUUGCAACUGUUAACUCUUUUCUUCCAAAUGACCUCUCCUAGCCCCUAGACAAAAACUACCCAAAAUAACCAAACAGAACCACAGAGGAUGUCUUAAACUGAAGCAUCACAGCACUCCUUUAGCUUCACUAGUGGAUUAUAAGUCUCAUUUCACACAUUCAAUCACAAUAAGUUACUCUGGAAUGUCUGCCAAAAGAAAACAUCCUAUGGCUUGCUGGCAAUAAUAAAGAACUCCAUUAUGCACCAUUAAGCGGGUAUUUGCCACUCCGAAGCACCAGGCCAAUUUGCAACAACUCAUCAUUCUUAACAAUGCAGUAAUUUUGCAUCUGAAUUAUUUUCCUAAAAAUCGUUUGAAUCAUCACAUUUCUCACAUAACUGGGGUCACCCAUUUAGAUUUUCAAGGAACUUACAGACAUUUGUAAGGCUCAGUAAAACACUGGGGCCUAGCACAAAGACAGGAAUCGUUUCCCUUAUCUGCUUCCAAGCACCACACGCUGUUCUCUUAGUCAGUGAAUACCUGUGUAUGUAACAUUUUGUUUAAAAAUUCCUAUCUUAAAUUUUGACCACAGUGCAAGCACCCAAAGAGAAAAUUACUGACUUGGUUGGAAUUUUGUUUUAAAUAUACUUUGGGAAUUAUUACCAGUCAAUGAACAAAAGUAUUUUACUUGGCAAAGGCAGCAUUUUAAAACAAAAAGGCAUUAAAAAGCUCACCUAUGAAACAUGAGCCACAGACUCUUCAGGAUUAAGAACAAACUUACUUCGGUGAAUAAAAUGUCAGUUUACAACACACAUAUAAAUUAUAUAAAGGGGAAGGAAAUCAGAUUGUAAAAUAGGAUUUUUAUGUGAAGCAUAAAAUACAUACUUUCCAAUCAACUCAAUCAAAAAUACAUUUCUGUAAUUCAGGCUUUUUAAUGCAAAAAGUGAAAAUAGUAAUUUUGUUUUCUCAGACUUAGUGAUUCAUGUUUUUGAGGUAUGGAAAACUUGAACAGGUAAACAAGUUCUAUUCUCCAUCCACCUGUCUAGAAGUGCUUAAAACUUCUAUGCCUAUAAAGUUCAUAAUGAUCUUUAUGUAGACCAGAAGUAGUUAUUGCAUCAGUUUUCUAGUAAUAGCAGAACUAUGUUUCUCAAUACUUAAAUUAGCAUAGUUCUGCUCAAAAAAAUUGGAAAAAAUAGAGUUUUUUAAUCUGAAUUUCAGGUUUGAGCACAUACCCUUUGAAGGACAGGCAAAAGGUAACAGCAAUAUGAACAAUCAAACAAAUCCAGUGAAUCUGAGGUAGUAAUUUCAUUUUCUUCUGUAACUAAAAUACAAACAACAAAGCAAUGAACUUAGGUUCUGUUUUGCUCAGCAUAAGUUUCAGACUUCGGCAGAUUUUUCAGAUUUUGGUUCCUGGUUUGGGCUACCAAUUAUUUGGAAAUGUGUUUUUAAUACAGAAAUGUUUCAAUUUUAAGACAAACACGCAAUUGCAGUCAGUUUUUUCAUACAUGUAAUGAACGAUUCUAUGAUCUGCUAACUUACAUGUUUAAACUGUACUACACUUUGGAGAUGUGGCCUCAAACUGAAAUAAUGUUAAUAUUGUUUUAAUUUACAGGUUCCAUACUUUUUAUAGGAAGAGUUACAAAUCCUUCAUAACAAGCACUAAAUGCAUACCCGACUUCUGUUCGUCCUAUGAUGAGCUUUCCUCCAAUGAAAUUAAAGGCUACAUUGUAUGCAUUUAUUAAAAAACAGUUUUAAGCCUAUCACUUUUCCAACAAUAAACAAACAAAAGCUCUCCACUACCUUAUGACAUUGUAGACACUGCUGAAAUGUAGAGCUGUCUAGGAAUCAUCAGCACCACAACUACAGCAAAGACAGUAUCCAAAUAAACAUUUGCAAGAAAGUGGAACAGGUUUAGCCUCCUAAAUGUUUAAUAAUAUGACCCAACAGCUUCUCUUCAACUUCAUCAUGCCUAAAGUCAGCUUGACUGUUUGAGUAUGUAGGUCAUCAGAAUGAAAGCAACCCACAAAAAAAGCUUUGUGAUGUUAUUUUUCAAGCACAAUUGUAUUUCCCUGUCCUGAAGUCAAAAGCUUAAGAAUAAAGCUGAAAUCCAAUGUGACCUCAGACAGUUAUAAUCCAGCUGAUAUAGAAGGUAACAAGCAAGCAGUUAAAUGCAUUGAAAAUAAAAAGUUGAAAGGCUGUUUCAAAACUGACACGGAAUCAUAGAAUCAUUAAGGUUGGAAAAAACUUCUCAAAACAGAGUCCAAUCACUAACCCAGCACUGCCAAGUUCACCACUAAACCUAGUCUCUAAACACCACACCUACACCCUUCUUGAAUAUUUUCAAGGAUGGCAAUUCUACCGCUUGCCAGGGCAGCCUGUUCCAGACAGAGCAGGUAAGAAGCAGAAAUACCCACUCAGUGACCAAACAAAUAUUGCCAAAAAAGGUAGCAGUACUACCUCCACUGCCUUUGAAGUGUACAGAACAUAGAAUGGACAUUCCAGAAGAAUGCUGAUUGUGACUACUGGCAUCAAGAAAAAUGGGGGUUUUUCAGUAUCCUGACAGAAGUCGGGAUAUGGCAAGCGUUCAGCAACUCAUGGCACAAGCAUCAGAAACCCAGGCCCAUAAAGAUUUUGGGUGAAGACUGCAAACAACUAACUCCCAAGAAAAGCAUCAGAAAAGACCACUUUAUACAGUUCCCACUGAAUCAAACAACGCCUUCCAGAUAACUCGGAGCAUCUGGCACAGCUGAAAGACAUGGCCAGUAAACCAGUCAGUGAUAUUUUGUGUCCAGGAAGAAGCACCCUGUGGCUGCUCCUGCACUUGUAAACUCGUAAAAUCUUCUGACACAGGAAACCUCUGUGCUGCCUUCAUCAAAUACUACUGACCCCUUCUUUACUGCACUGCAUUCCUCAAUAAAACUCCAGGGUCUGUCAUGGCUGUGCAUGUGCAUACAAAACAUCACUUUGUUAUGCUGGUCACCAAAUUGCAAAGCACACAAGAUACCCUACUGUAGCUACAAUUCAGCAUUAGCUCUCUUGCACUCAUUCUCUGAUUAAGAGCAAAAUAUCCAGUUAUAGAAAACCACUCUUCUUUAACACUGACACCAGAACACAGAAGCUCUGGAAAGGAAAGGUAAAACAAAUCAUUCCAAUAAAAACUGUACUCAAACCUACACAAAGAUUAAAAUAGAGAUUUUAUUGAUGGAAUAACAAAAGUGCUUUUCUUAAAUAUUUUUCAAAAUACAUUUAUACAACUUACAAUAAUAUAUCCAAAAUAACUGUAUAUACAAAACAUUACCUUGCUUAAUGUAUGUGCUUUUUUUUUUUGAAAAUUACAAAGCAACUUUUUGGCAAAGUUCAACCUUAAGAGGUGAUAGUUUUGAAGAUUAGAUUAAGAAAAAUAGAACCUGAGGGAAAGUGACACUUAUGUCCAUGACAAGCAAGAAGUUCUCAAUUUAAUUAAAUAAAAAUGUUUUUGUAGUAUUUUUCACAUUACAAAAA